AUGGCUCUGGAUAAACCAUGGGCCUUGAUCUCAGAAGUUGGAGAAAAUGGCUACUUCGACGAACAGGCAGCGAUUUUAAAAGAGCAUUUCCAGAUUUUGCCCAUUUGUGAAUUCCUCCAAAACCCAGCUCUACAUGGGCCCAAGAUCCAGGUUUUGUUCAUGUGGAAGUAUUACCCAGAAGCCAGCCGUGCUCUGCUCUUGCUGCUGCCUUCUCUCAGGGCGGUGUGCAGUGGUGGGACAGGCACGGACCACCUCGACAUCCCCUUCAUCCACAGCCUCGGGGUGAAGAUCUCCAACACGCCACACGUGGUUGCAAAUGCCACUGCUGACUUUGCAAUGGGACUUCUACUGGCAUCGGCUCGUAAAAUAUGUGAAGUCACUGGCUCCACUCUGGGAAUCAUUGGGAUGGGAGAAAUUGGAUAUAAAAUCGCCCAAAGAAGCAAAGGAUUUGACAUGAAGAUUCUUUACCACAAUCGAAGCAGAAGACUCCCUGAGGAAGAGGCAGCAGUGGGGGCUUCUUUCUGUGAGGACAUGGACGAUCUGCUGAAGAUGUCGGACUUUGUGAUGUUGUCUUUGAAAUUGACUUCUGAAUCCAUCGGCCUGAUCGGACACAGGGAGCUGUCUCUGAUGAAGCCCACGGCAUCGAUAAUCAACGUGAGCCGAGCGCUAAAGUCACCGCCGGAUCUGAAAGGAUUUACUCUCAUCAUGCCUGUGGUUGCAGUGGGGAACGUUGGCCAGUUGGCAGUGGAUCUGGUCAUCUCCUCCUUGGACAUGUGCAGAGUGGGACACAUCCACACGGACUGUCUGCUCCCGAUGGCAGGAAACAACCCCUACAGCAGCCGGCUGGAGGAUGCUGACGGAGUGCAUACGGCUGCCGAAGUUUACAUGUCCAGAGAUAUGAAGCUGGCAGCCCUUCAAAUCCGAUCACCUGUCAUUCAGAAAAGAACCAAAAAGUUUCGUCAGGUCCUUGUGUCUUGGAUCAAAGCCAGUGGUUUCUCCAGAACCAUAGUGUUGUCCAGUAGUCUUGCUUAUCAGAGGGAUGACCGACAGCUGCAGGGGUCGGCGUUGAGGUAUCUGGUUACUCCCUCCAUGUGGAAGUCGAGUGAGGAGGCGCUGAAGGAGCUGCAGUGGCUGGAAAUGGAGAAAGUUCAGGCUUUUCCUGGUUUGAGUGACGGAAACACUGAGCCUAAACUUUACAUCCCGGGAGGCGGCAUCACAAAAGGACUUUACACAGACAGUUGUGCUGAGGACCUCCCGCUCGCUGUACUGCUCCUCUUUUGCUCUGAAGGAGACAACAUCCCAGAUGCUAUUACGUUGAGCAACCACCUGAACAGCUGGCUCCAUCUGCUGGACAAUCAUGAUGAAGAUCAAAACAAGUGGAAAAUUCCCCCUUCCUGGACUCUUAUGUUUGGAGGCAGCUAUCCUCCUGCACUUUUCUAA